CUGCUGCUGCUGUUGCUACAGUGACGAGGGUGAAGUAACGGACCAUCAGCGGUGGCUUAAAAAUGUCAGAAAAACACCAUUUUUUCUCUUUUACGCGUGUUGUAAAUCUUUGAUCGAGUGAGUCGCUUCUUAAAAACUCGCUACUUUUAUUAGUUAUUGACCAAUUAAGCGCUAAUUUGGCCGCAAACGGAAAACGCUAACCGGGUUAGCCGUAAGCCAAGCGAGGCUAACAGAGCCCGACCGCACGGCUUUUUAUUUAUUUAUCCGGAGAGGAGAGGCGUUUCCGGGCUUCAAACUAUAAUGCAGAGAACAUAUAAGUGGCUGGUUGUCGUCUGAAUGUCCUCAACAUAACUCGUAUGUGCUCCAGUUAAAAAAAAAGAAGAGGAAGAAGCUGUUGGCUAGAGACGAUGAGCUAAAUUGAUGCCUGAAAUCAGCGCAGAUCGGAGAUGAGUCAGCUUUGGUGGCGAGAAAAGCGCCUGUCGGAGAGGUUGGGGGGCGACUCCCCUGAUGGCCUCCCCCCGCCGGGGUCCCUGGCCACCGUGGCCCCUCAAGGACCCAACGCCUCGUGGGUUCCCGAAGCCCCGCUGGUCACACCGGAGAAGCCCAUUUUCCUCAUGACCUCCACCGCCCAAACCAUAUCAGGGUUUUUUGUCUGGACGGCUCUUCUGAUCACAUGCCAUCAGAUCUACAUGCACCUACGUUACUACAGCUCUCCAAACGAGCAGAGGCACAUCGUUAGGAUCCUCUUCAUAGUCCCCAUCUACGCCUUCGACUCCUGGCUCAGCCUCCUUUUCUUCACCAAUGAGGAGUAUUACGUGUACUUUGACACAGUACGAGACUGCUACGAAGCCUUCGUCAUCUACAAUUUCCUGAGUCUGUGCUACGAGUAUCUGGGAGGAGAGAGCGCCAUCAUGGCUGAAAUCAGAGGGAAACCUAUCGAGUCGAGCUGCAUGUACGGGACCUGUUGUCUGUGGGGGAAGACCUACUCUAUUGGUUUCCUCAGGUUCUGCAAACAGGCAACCCUCCAGUUCUGUGUGGUGAAGCCCCUGAUGGCGAUGAUCACCGUCAUCCUCCAGGCCUUUGGGAAAUACAAAGAUGGAGACUUCAACGCGGCCAGUGGCUACUUAUACAUCAUGAUAAUCUACAACAUCUCUGUCAGCCUCUCGCUCUACGCUCUCUUCCUCUUCUACUUCGCCACGCGUGAACUGCUCGUCCCGUACAACCCCGUGCUCAAGUUCUUCAUGGUCAAGUCGGUCAUCUUUCUGUCCUUCUGGCAGGGGAUGCUGCUGGCCAUCCUGGAGAAGUGUGGAGCUAUUCCUCAGAUAAACUCGGCCGACUUCUCUGUGGGCGAAGGGACGGUCGCCGCGGGCUACCAAAACUUCAUCAUCUGCAUCGAGAUGUUCUUUGCCGCUGUCGCUUUGCGCCACGCCUUCACAUACAAGGUCUACAUGGACAAAAGACUGGACUCUUACGGCUCGUUUCCCAUCUAUGGACAGUACGGACGCUGCGCCCCGAUGAAGAGCAUCUCCAGCAGCCUGAAGGAGACCAUGAACCCCGGGGACAUGGUCCAGGACGCCAUCCACAACUUCUCCCCGGCGUAUCAGCAGUACACCCAGCAGUCCACGCUGGAGCGAGGGGGGGGGCCGCCGCUGUCCCGCUCCCACAGUAACCUCAGCACCCGCGGGGACACGGAGAAGACCCUCCUGCUCAGCUCUGACGACGAGUUCUGAGCCCUCCUCCUCCUCCCCCGUACUCCUGUAGCCCACAUCGUAUGUUUAGCAGCUUCGUAUAUGAGACAAAUCACACAUUUUGUUUCGACCUAAACAGUCACAGGGUUUUAUAAUGAAAAGGGAACUCGUUUCUACAGCAGGUAAAGAGAGAAGAGGAAUAAAGUGAGGGGGCAGCGAGGUGGAGGGUUGAUAGCUGGCCACACUGUUUGCUUUUCUGUUGACGUCAUAGUUGUCGUACGUUAUCUGUGUUCGUAGGGAUCACUACUAAUAACUGUGCCUGCAUAGAGCAUCUUAAUGCUGCACAAAAUCAGUCAAAUAUAAGCUGGAGAAAACAAGUGCCACCUUCAUCUGAAACACUGCUUCCCUCUUUGAUUCUUUCAUUUUCUAUAAUCGUCUCUCCUCCUCCUCCUCCUCCUCCUCCUCCUCCUCCAACUCUCUAACGUUGCCAAAUAGUGGGAACAGCAGCCUGUGCUCCCGCUAAUGACAGACACUGUCCUAAAGCAUUGAUUUAUAGCAAAACUACAGAACCUUUGAAGCGCUGCGGUUCAUUUUAAUAUAUGAUUUUAAUUAGAAUAUUUUAUUUAAAUGUUUGUACUUCUUUGCUGGAGAAUUAUUAUUGCGGAAGUGUUAUAAAUAUACUGCGUAUUUUGUCUUCGGUGUUGUUUGAAACAACGUGUAGUAGCCUGACUCCUGGAGCUGUUGUUGUUCGCGGAGCAACGGACGGGGAACAGCUGUAGGAGAGAUUUUUUAGCGUGGGCAGAGGGUCGGGCGGAAGUACGGGGCCCACACAGAUUACCGAAGAAGCGACACUUCCCCGCAGAGCCGGCACAGCUGUGAUGUUCUCUGGACUGUAAUCCCAUAAUUACUUACGUGCAGCACAGAUCUGGCCUGCCUCUGCUGGCGCUAUCUGUAACGGCAUCGCGGCCUGUAGAGUCGUCAGGAUGUGGGUCAUUACAGACACAACAAGUCGUACUCCGGUAUGUGGACAUCUUAUAGCAGGAAAGAGAAGGGAACAGAAAAAAAAAAAGCCGCAAACCUUCAGGCUGCCCAGACAUCCUCUGAUCUUUAUCGUCUUUGAUUUCCCAGAAGCAGAUACGAACUGUGUUGGAGUUAAUUCGUUAUCAGCUGAUGUUUGUAUGCGUUUUUGAAGUGGCGAGUUUGGAACUCGCUUGCGCUUGCGAUCCUAAAUGUUCAUUGUCGGGGGCACAGCUGAUUGGCCCUUUAAGAUAACGUGACUUUAGGCCCAACGCUGCCUGUUGAAAACUUUUAUUCUUCGCUCGUUAUGUUGAAUCGAGAUUUGCUCAAGUUAUACACUGCAGGUAAACACGUGGUACAUUACAGUAUAGUCCUUUUGAGGGAUGAAUGUAGUCAAAUUAAAGGUCAAGUUUAUAUCUAUCACUUAACUUCCUAAAAUUAUAUUAAUUUAGCAAAAUAUUGAAAGUAUUUGCAGCGUCCAUUCCAACUGUCUUCCGCUGCUGUAUAAUGAACGCAUCACUUUUGUAUCCAUGAAGUCAAAGUUUGGUGCAUUUUGUUGCUUUAAGUGAAAUUCACUACCUUCUACUUUGUCCCCCAGACGACAGCCCAUCAAGUGCAGGCAUCUUGAUUGAAAAUACUAUCAAAUGAUUUAUUUGAUACUUGAUGUAAAAGUUGGAUGUUAAUCUUAAAACUGAAUAAAUAGUUUUCCUGAAAGAAAAGAAUGCUGUAAAUAGUCAAACCAAGCAGUGUUCAGGAUGGCGACUAAUAGAUUUGCUUGGCCCAGUGAUUUGUUUCAGUUUCAGUUUUUUUUUUCUUGUGUUUUAAUAUUUCAAUUUCAUAUAUACUCCUGUUUUGUUUGAAUUCUUUUUGUAUAUGUUUUAAUUUGUAUAUUGGUAAUAUCACAUGUUUUGAUGCUGUAUUGCUUUUCUGUUGGUGUUGCAAAGGAAAUUAAAGACAGAUGGAAGAAAAGGA